GCAGCGCCGCCGGCUCCGCCUAGCGCUCCGCAGACUGCGCCCAGCAGUGCCGCCGGCUCCCACCCGUCGAUGCCUGCUUACAGGGAGCCGGCAGAGCGCAGACGCGCGGUGACGUCACGGGAGGCGUCCGGCGUAGGCGAAACCUUUUGAAUCUAUCUGGCGGGAGUUGCUGCUGCAGGGCGAGCUGUACAGCAAUGGAGUCCGCCUCGGCAAGUGAGGAGAAUGAAAGAGGUGCGGCGAUAGAGGAGUGCGUGAGUAGGAUCCCGGUACCAAGACCACCCUCCAUUGAGGAGUUCACCAUAGUGAAGCCCAUUAGCCGUGGUGCAUUCGGAAAAGUGUACCUGGGACAGAAAGGCGGCAAGUUGUACGCAGUGAAGGUUGUCAAAAAGGCAGACAUGAUCAAUAAAAAUAUGACUCAUCAGGUACAAGCUGAGAGAGAUGCCCUGGCACUGAGCAAAAGCCCUUUUGUUGUGCAUCUGUAUUACUCACUGCAGUCAGCAAGCAACGUCUACUUGAUAAUGGAAUAUCUUAUUGGUGGAGAUGUCAAGUCUCUCCUACAUAUAUAUGGUUAUUUUGAUGAAGAGAUGGCUAUAAAAUAUAUUUCUGAAGUAGCAUUGGCUUUAGACUACCUACACAGACAUGGAAUCAUUCAUAGGGAUUUGAAACCGGACAAUAUGCUUAUUUCCAAUGAGGGUCAUAUUAAACUGACAGAUUUUGGCCUUUCCAAAGUUACUUUGAAUAGAGGUAAGAAUGAUAGCAG